AUGAUCGAUCAACUUUUUAAAAUUAUCGGAUCAUCUUAUUCAGGGGGUCAAACUCCAAAUUUUAUUGUAUAUAAUCGUAAUAAUGUUGCACAAGAAAAAAUAAUUUCGAAAGGGUCCGAUUCCGAUUUAGAGUAUCCCGUUUGUGCGUUGCAUCAACUUUUUAAAAUUAUCGGAUCAUCUUAUUCAGGGGGUCAAACUCCAAAUUUUAUUGUAUAUAAUCGUAAUAAUGUUGCACAAGAAAAAAUAAUUUCGAAAGGGUCCGAUUCCGAUUUAGAGGAAACAACAAAUAAUGAUUAUGCUAAAGCAGUGGAGUAUCAAUCAUUAGUUUUAAUCCCUGAAAUCUUUAUGUGA